AUGUUCGUUAUAUUUGCUGCAACCAUGGCGGUCUUUAUUUUUGGCAUAGCGUUGGCUAUUGUAAGCUUAUUUGUAUACAUACGUUGGCUUCAUGUCGCAUUCUCAGCUAUAGUAUGUGUCUUAUUUAUGGUCCAUUUAGCCCUUGAUAUACAGAUGAUAUUGGGAGGACGAAAAUACGAAAUAUCACCGGAAGAUUAUGUUUUUGCUGCUCUCAUGCUAUUCAUAGACAUCUAUGAGAUCUUCAUCAACUUGCUGAAUCUUUUCAAUGCGGCCAAUUAA